CGUCAUAAUAAGCAACAAUCCAACUUUAUAGGCAACUCGUCGAUCUGGAAAACCCUUCAUUUCUGAGGAUUAGGCUGCUAUUGUGAACAUGGCACUCAUUGAGAACCUCAAUGAUGACUGCGUGCUUAAAAUUGUAGAUUACCUCGAUCUGGAGGAUCAGCUGAAGCUGUGGAAGAGUUCCGAGCCCGCAUCGCGACUGAGAUCGCUGAUAUCCUACAUCUGGCAGCGCAAUCGGGAAUAUACCAUUGACUAUUAUACAUUCAAUGACGACUAUGAGCUACUGAACGAAUUCCUGCAGUGCAUUCGCUUCACGGUGACGGAACUUACACUCCAAUACCUAGCCAUGGAUCACCUGGAGCGGUGGAAGGGUCACACCUUCCCCAACAUGCGUCAAUUGAUCUACUUGGGCGAUGAGACCAGUGAAAUAGAAGGAGACGCCGACAUCGCCAUUCUGGUGGACUGCUUCCCGCAGCUGGAAGCCAUCAGGCUGAGCGGGAAGACUACUGGUAACCACAUCAGUCGUUGGCGGAACAUUCGCCGACUGGACCUUCAGCUGUGCUGGUACCUGAGCCCGCAGGGCUUCGAGGAUAUCUGUCAAAACCUGCGACUACAGACACUCAGUAUCCAGUGGCAAAAGAUCGAACAGAAUGCAUACGUGCGAUCCAUCUGUAUGCUGCAUGAACUGGAGGAGCUGGAGCUGGACAUAGUUUACCUAAACAGGGACAACAUCAGCCAACUGUUGAGCCUGCCUAAACUGAUAAAGCUGCGCCUGCACAACUUCUACCAGGUGGACGAUCUACUGUGCGAAAUUGGAAGCAUAAGGGGUCAAGAUGUGUUGACUGCCGCAUUCAGUAAUAAUAUCUGGAUGAGGCCAACGGAGGUGCUGGCCAAACUGCGAAAUCUCCGAUGUUUAACUCUCGUCGAUGAUGAAGGAUGUGCUGCCAUUGACUUUUCCACGAUCACCUAUUGCUUUCCGCUCUUGGAGCAACUGCAUCUGGAGAACUCGCGUAUAUGGGUCAACGCCGAUGGUAUAUGGGACGUGCUUCUUGCCUGUCCCCGUCUCAGGGAAUUCAGCAUGAUCAACCAUGUUUUGUACGACGAGUUCUUUGCCUUCAGCAAGUCAACAAUGAACCGCGCUCUAAAUCAGCGAACGAAGCCUUUGAAAAUGCAUUUUUAUAAAACCGGCAAGGAUGACUUGGUUUCGAAGCACUUUAAACAUCCCAAACUUAAUGUUUCCUUCAGUGCUACUAGUAGCAGCUAUUCACAAUUACCUGACGAAUGUAUUGAAUUGGAAUUUAAACGCCCCGAGUCGUGAUUCACUAAGUUAACUAGCUUAGUUAACUAUUAUCUAAACGGACCAAAAUUGUGCUAUUUAAUUGAUAAGUCUUUCGUCGAUAAGCUGGUUAUUAAAAUGAUUGCUGAUAAUAAUAUAUAAAUAUAAUAUAAAAAUAU